AGCCAAUGCCACACAUUCUCUCAAACUUGCUGCAGCUAUACUACUAGUCAUCAAUGGAAUUCUUCAAAGUUACUCUUAGUAUCUUGGUAAUAACUUUCCUCUCAGCCACCCUCUCUGUAGCUCACCCUGGCUUCUAUGUUGGCUGGGGUGGAAAUGGUUUUGGGUCUUUCGGAUUGUUCCCUGAAUUCUAUCAGUUCUCGUGCCCCCAAGCCAAUGACAUUAUCAUGUCUGUGUUAGAGAAGGCCAUUGCCAAGGAGCCCAGGAUGGCUGCUUCUUUGCUUAGACUUCAUUUCCACGAUUGCUUUGUUCAGGGUUGUGACGCAUCUGUUUUGCUGGAUGAUAGUUCCACGGUGGUCAGUGAAAAGAAAUCUUUGCCAAACAGGAAUUCUAUUAGAGGUUUUGAAGUCAUUGAUGAGAUCAAGGUCAAGUUGGAAGAAUCCUGUCCUCAGACCGUCUCUUGUGCGGAUAUUCUCGCCCUUGCUGCUCGCGGCUCCACUUUAUUAAGCGGUGGACCGAAUUGGCAGCUCCCAUUGGGAAGGAGGGACUCAAAGACAGCAAGCUUAAGCACGUCGAACAAUAACAUUCCCCCGCCAAACUCUACUCUCCAAAACCUUUUAACACUUUUCAAGCGUCAAGGGCUUGAUGAAGUUGACCUCGUUGCACUCUCUGGGGGGCAUACAAUUGGCGUUGCAAGGUGUACGACAUUCAAGCAGAGGCUGUACAACCAAAAUGGAAACAACCAACCGGAUGCGACUCUGGACAAAACCUACUACUAUGGUCUGAAAUCAGUUUGUCCUAGGUCCGGUGGUGACAAUAACAUCUCUCCCCUGGACUUUGCCUCCCCAGCAAGAUUUGACAACAUAUAUUUCAAACUCAUCCUGUGGGGAAAAGGGCUCCUCACUUCGGAUCAAGUGCUUUUCACUGGAAGUCCUGGGACCACCAUGGAAUUGGUGAAGAGAUAUGCAGAGGAUGAGGGCCUGUUCUUCAACCAGUUUGCUAACUCCAUGAUUAAAAUGGGAAACAUCAGCCCUCUCACUGGCUUCAAUGGUGAAGUUAGGAAGAACUGUCGUCGAGUUAAUUAGGCAAAACUAAUUGUCCAUUUAAAAGUGUUGGCUUAUUUAUGCUUUCCUGCAGUGUUAACCUCUGAUUAUGUUAAAGCGAUGGUCUCUGUGAUGUUUAAAAAUGAGGGAGUAAUGUAUGCAUAUGCUUGUUUUGCGGUAA